ACUGACACACGGCAACUUUCGAGCAGGAAACCUCUCUCAGACGCCUCUACCUGUCGUUUUUCUCUGUAUUUACGGGAGCUUGAUUGACAGGUGCGGGCCCCUCUGGUUGCGGUAUGGAUGCUGAAGAUGCCCUCUUCGGGCGGGGUGUGUUUGGGGCUCAGUGCUCUAACCCAGCCAUGAGCAUCAUCGGGGCUGAGGAUGAGGAUUUCGAGAAUGACCUCAAUGAAGUGGGGGAAGACCAGUGCACAUGCUUCAGCUCUAUAGAGGUACUGAAGGAGCGGCCGGCCCACUUGCUGGUCUUCAUCCAACAUGUCAUCCUACAGUUUGACCCGGCUCCACUGCUGUGUUACCUCCAUGCAGACCUCUUCAAGAACCUCAGUACCAAAGAGACCAAGAAACAAUUGGUGGAGUUUUACAACACCUUCUUGGACAAGGGUGCAAUUCUCAGAGUACCAGCCUCUGAUUUAGACCGAACCCGUCCAGAGUUGCUCACUGAAGAAGCUCAAAGACGUUUUGCUCAGGAAAUUCAGAGUUUGCAAGUUGCGGAAGUGGCCAAACAGCUGGAAGAUUUCAGGCAGAAGAGGAUGAUGGGUAUGACCCCCAAUGAAGCGGAGCUGAUCGACGUGGAGAACCACUACCCCACCGACCGCAUCCCAAUGGAGAUGAAGGAGAAAUCUGUAGCCGAGAACCUGCUGGACAAGAUGUCUGAGACACAACCAACAAUUGUCUUGGAUGAGGAAAAAUGCCAAUCCAUUUUCUCAGCGGUGGCCUUCUACAUGAAGCACCUGGGAGUUAAGACCAGGGCUGUGGACAGUAAGAAGUCAAGAGGAGGCUUCUUCAGGAUACCACUUGGAAAGGCAAAGAAGGAUGACACCUCAAAGAGCAGGACCAGACCGUUCCCUAGUAUACCCAGCUGGAUUGGUGGAAACACUGAAGGCAAACCUAAACUGGACGUUGAAGCGGAAAAGGAGAAAGUGAAUCAGGAGCGUAAGGGUCCGACUCCCGGCAGAGGCUCCUUGACCGAACCUGCAGCCGCUUCCAUCCCCAGCAGGAAGUCUGUCUCCAGUAGUCCUGUCAUUCAGGGUCCGGGGCUGGAGGUCAGCGAUGCCUCGGGCAACAACAGCAGCAUGGUCAACAGUCCAGAGUCUCUGCACACUGAUGGUCUCUCAAGCAAACACUUAGAGCCUCCCAUCCUGCCAGACGGGGCUGAGAUGUCACCCGUCGGACAGGGUGGUGGUCUGACCAUAGGGGAGACCCUCUCACCGAGCGACACCCCCACAGAGGAGAAUCUGGAGAAAGACAGACGGAAGACAAGGAAAGUGGCGCGGAGUGAGAGUGCUCGCGUGGACCGGCACUCCUCUCGGCGCCGUGGCUCUUCCAGAGCCAAACAGUCUCGCUCCCGUAGCGACGUGGACCUCCAACCACCUUCUACCACAUCAUCAUCAUCACCUGCCCCGCUCAGCCCCCAGCACCUAGCUCCUCCUGAGGGAAUGGUCACAGUUCCAGAUGGGCCCGGACCCUCCCCCACCGGUCCCCCCCCACAGGUGGAGGAGAUGGAGCCACGCCUCCUGGAGUUUGAGCAGGACCCGCCCAACUGGAGGGAGCUGGCCUCCCCUGACGCCCUCUCCAGCCUCAGUAAGAAGCAAAUCAAGAGGCAGGAGGUCAUUAACGAGUUGUUUGCGACAGAGCAUGCUCAUGUGCGGAUGCUAAGCGUCCUUCAGAUGGUCUUCUCCAAGCCUUUGGAGAGAGAGGAGCUGCUGACCUCCACUGAACUUGCUACCAUCUUCCCCAACCUGGAUGAGAUCAUUGAAAUGCACUAUUGUUUCUAUGAGAAUCUGAAGAAACUGCGUUUGGAAGAUGGCUACAUAGUCAAAUCCAUCAGCACCACAGUGCUCAACAGGUUUGGUGGCACGGAGGGGGAGUGGUUUCAGAAACUGACAGCUCGGUUCUGCAGUCACCAGUCGUGGGCCUUGGACCAAAUUAAGAGCAGGCAGAGGAAAGAACCACGCUUUAACUCCUUCAUACUGGAGGCAGAGAGUAAACCCCAAUGCCGUAGGCUGCAACUUAAGGACAUCAUUCCCAUAGAGAUGCAGAGACUGACCAAAUACCCGCUGCUGCUGGAGAACAUUGCCAAAAACACAGAGGACCUGACAGAGAAGGAGAGGAUUCAGCAGAGCGCAGAAUGCUGCAGAAGGAUCCUCAACCAUGUCAAUGAGGAGGUCAAAGUGAUGGAGAACCUAUUGACUUUGAAGGAAUACCAGCGCAAACUGGACACGUCAGGGCUCAAACCCAGUAAUGAGCUUUAUACUGAAUAUAAGAACAUAGACCUGACCCAGAAGAAGAUGCUUUUUGAAGGCCCUCUGACUUGGAGAGUUACAAAGGAAAAGGCUAUUGAGGUGCAGUGUGUCUUACUCGGGGACCUGCUGGUGCUGCUACAGAGGUUAGAUGAUAAGAUGGUCCUCAAAUGCCAGAGCAAGAGUAACAUCGCAGCGCAGGAAGGCAAACAGAUGCUGAGCCCUAUCAUCAAGCUGGACUCGGUGUUCCUGCGUGAGGUGGCCACAGAUCGAAAGGCCUUCUAUGUGAUCUUUACUUGGGACAGCGGGGCUCAGAUCUAUGAACUGGUAGCUCAAUCCGUCGGUGAGAGGAAAACCUGGACUGAUGUGAUAAAGGACGCAGUGGAUGAUCUGAAGAAGAGCGGAGCACCCAUGAGGCUGUCAUUGCCUCCUGGAGGUGGAGGACCACCUUUUAGUCCUUCCACGCUGACUGCACCGUUGAGCCCAAUGGAGAAUGGCAGUUUGAAAAGCAGCGGUGAUCGAGAUAAGGACAGCUUGACGGAUGAGAAGUCUUCAGACCCCAGGCACUCGCUGAUUGAUUUCCUGUCAGACAAAGGCUUCGACUUGAUAGGCCACUCCAACAGUGAUGUAGAGAAGGUGGCCAACAGUGCUUUGGAUGAAGUUAUGUCCCUGAAAAGGCUGUUAGUUGGCAGCAUCAGUCUCUCAGAAGACUCACACCCUGAAGAUAAAACCGGAGAGGACCAAUCAGAGAGGCCAGGUCAGGAAAUGGAUAGCUGUCAGUCAGCAGAAGAAAAUCAAAGCACAAACACAGGAGCAGAGGAGGAUAAUGAGACCGUCACAGGGCUGAAGGGAGACGAGGAGAGCAUCAGUGCGCCCCUGGUGUUGUCCCAGGAGAGGAUGGAGGAAGUGUGUAGGAGGCUCCACAGUCUGGAGGAACAGCUAAAGAGACUCCAGGCUAUAGAAGAAGAGCACCACAAGCUGCAGGAGGCCCUUUCCAAGUUCUCGCUGGAGGGGGGGAACUUCCAUUAAGAUGCCAUCACGCCACCUGCUGGCCACUAGAGUUGUCCCGGUGCUGGUUUGAAGUGCGAGAGUGACUUUCAGAGGCCCACAUGGAAAUUUCCUAAACCCUCAUCAGUGAGACCUGGACCCCUUGGUUGCAGCAGGGCAGGAAGUGUGUUCUGCUUGCAGAGGAAGAAGAGGAGGAGGGUGGAAGGUGGGGAGGGGGAUGGGCUUUGUGCACGGUGCAGUGGUGGUUCAGUGAUGGAACAUGGGAGAUGUGUGCUUGUGCAUGUGUGUCUGUUUGUAUGCGUGCUUGGUAGAAAAGAAGAAGAAAUGGGGAGAAAAAAAGUCAGACAGACAUCCUACUUUUCAGUGGGAGGUUGUUAUUUUGCAGAGAGGUGCCAAAAAAAAAAUGAAGCAAUAUUUGCUGUGCCUAUAUGUGAUGCUGCCUAACAAAAUGUAGAGAUUGCGAUUUUCUGUAACACACAUACGCAUACUAGAGAUAUGCACGCCAGCAAAGGUAAUUGACAUUACUGCCAGCAGAUGCACCAUUAAGGAGAAUGCCAAUGUAGCUUUUGAAGACGUAUUGAAAAACUACUGCUGAUCUAUAGUGUUACUUCUACUCUAUGCCAAAGUAAAACAGACGUGCACUUUUUUCUAAUGAAAUUAUUUCAACCCACUUAGUUUCCUAGCACUGUUUUUUACAGAAUAUAUUACUAUAACUUUACAUUCAUUACAGGUUUUGUUCCUGAAUGGAAAGUUGCAUGCAGUAAAGUGUGUGUAUGUGUGUUACAAACUUUUUUAAUUAAGAACUUUUUUGUUUGUUUGGAGGGUUGUUACUGUAAUUAGGUCACAUAGAAACAUUUAUAAAUAGUGGCACAAUAGCUAAUCAUGCUGUUAAUAAUGGAGACGUGUUUGUAUUUACUGCUUUUAUUUAUUCCUCUCGAGUCCUGUUCGGUCAGUGAGUGGCUGAGUGAGUUUUAGCGCACUGUUUAAAAAAAGCGCUGGGCCGUUAAUGAUUGUAAUGUAACGUGGAAGUGGAAGUGAAACGUGGAACGAGUAGAUGAGAUGACGUUAGAGAGUGAAGUGAAGAAAGGAGUUUAGAGACUGUUGAUGCUUUAGUGGUUGGCCAUGAGAUGAUGUGUAGGGGAAACAAAAAGCAAAACAAGAAAAAACAUUAGGAUUUGCACUCACCGUAGAAGUGAAAUGUAGUGUUAGGAAGUCAACACACACACAUGGAUGGCCCAGUGCGAUAAAAAUGUGUCAUUUCUGCUGUGUCAUCUUUCAGUUCACAGCUCCUGAUCUGAAAUCUGGACUCGGUGCGGGGUCAUAAAUUGUAUUAUAGGACAUUAAUUCCCCAUGUUAUGAGCAAAACAGACCUUUUCUCCCCUCCUAGCAAUAUUUAUCACACAUUUUCUCAUGUUUGUAUUUUAUUCACCAGCUGAUUGUAAUUAUAAUUAAGAUGAUUUCACUUCUAAAGUAGUGGCAUAACUGUGGCGGUGCACACAGGACCAAAGACAAGACAAAGUACCGUUAGAUCCUCAUGCAAGUUGUAAUAUUCUUACGACAUGCCUUAUCUGUAUAUGAGCAUUUUAAUGCUGAUGCAUGCAGGAGUGAUUGCUACAGUCGACAGGCAGAAACAAGCUGCUUUUUAUUUCCCCAAAUUACAAAAAGUACCUAAUAAUCUGAUGAAUGUAAGAAGCUAUUACAAAGAUGAAGAAUAUUAGAUUGUCUUACAACACAAACAAACCCAAUUAGAAUUUACGCAAACUUAUAAAAGCUAACAAAUAAUAGCAAAUUGUCACAAUCUCUUGUUCUGUGUGGGUAAAAGCUGACUGGACUGCCACAGCUGUAACGCUCUGACCUAUAUAGAAGACUGGAGACCAAGCACAGCGCUGUUCACGCCACUGGUACUAAAAGUGAACACAUGGGACCUGUUCCAACAGCAACAGGAACGAAAAGGAAAAGGCAACAAAGACAAUGGAGUCGGAUGACGUUCCAAAGGCCACACUGAGGCUCUAGAGGAAGGAAAACUGUUGCUGUUACCAGUACUGUAAUCAUGAUCACUUCCUGACAAGCAUUCUCAUAUGACAUUAUGCAAAAUUACAAAGGUCACAUGUCCUUUUGUGAGUUUUUGUUCGAGUUACUGUCAUGUCUCCCCGUGUCUUCCUCUAGAAACUGUACAUUAGCAUUAGCUUGAGGAAAGAAAACAUAGAGCUUUGUGUGUUUUUUUUUUUUUUUUUUUUUUUUAGGUUUCAUACACGUCAUAUAACACCCUCAGUUCUUGUGAUAGCAUGAUCACCUUUCCCACUGCACAGUUUUACCACAUGUUGUUGUGUAUUUCCUUAAACAAAUUGGGGAGGACUGUCAAUUUUUUUCCCAUUAUUUUUAAGAGAUGCUUUUGUAAUUAUUAUAUACUAUGCAUUUGGCUGUAAAAGGUGAGAGAGACAGAACUAGCCUGUAAGUUGUCCAAAAGUUAAGUGAAUUGAAUAUUACACAGACAUGGUUUGCGACUCAAUAUGUAAAAUGGCUUUGUUUGGGGAUUAGGCUGAUCAAGAUAGAGCUAAUUUUCGAUUUACAGUGAAGACCAGCGUGGGAGUGACACCCACUGGUUGAUCGACUGCUACCGGCACUUCUCGCUCUCUCUCCUUCAGAUGCUUUUCCUCAUGUAUUCUAUAUAACUAGAUGUAUAGAAAAUGUAUUUAUGGAGUGGUGCCUUGUUCUGACGAGAAGGUUGUUUGCUUCGUUAAGGGCUCUCAAGUAAAAAAAAACACCAUCACGAUCAGGUUUUUUCUUCUUUUUAGACAGCCUUUUCCAGGUUUCUUAUUGGUUUCACUCGUAGCAAUAUGUUUUAUGUAUUGGUUUAAGUUAUCCUCCUAUAUUCUGCACUCUGGAGUAGCCAUUCACACACAUUCUAAACACUGUUUCUUCUUAGUCCAUCUUCAUUACAACAAUAGGAUUUGAGCCCUCCACCAACUCUGCCAGCCAGUGGCCUGUUUUUUUGUUUUUUGUAGAAAAGGCACUGCUCAUUGUCAUACAUGCUUUUGCCACUUUGUCUAUGUAUAAACAAUGAAUAUGCAAGAACUAUACUGUGUAUUUGGGUUUUGAUUUUAUUGUGUAAGAGGCUCUUUCAUGAUGUACACUUAAGGAAAAUUGUGGUACGUUCUGUUUUUUAAUUCUUCAUUUUUUAAAUAAAUUGGGGAAA